AUGUCUUCGCAAUUUGACCAGUCUCGCCUCAUCUGGACGCCUGCUUAUCCGUCCUUCUCACCCGCUGAAAAGCUCCGUCGAGAAAUCAAUCUCAAACAUGGCUUGAACUUGAAGGACUAUCAUGAUCUCCACCAUUACUCGGUCACUGAUUAUACUUUCUGGCUCGAUUUGUGGCAGUUCGUUGGAAUCGUAUCAUCUGUACCACCCACAAAGGUAACACAAAAGGGCAAGUCAGAACAGGUGCCUGAGUGGUUUCCAGACGCAAGGUUGAACUAUGCGGAAAACCUGUUGUACCGCCGUGACGAUGGCCUCGCAUGCACAGCAGCAGACGACACUGGCCGAACCACUCAUUAUACGUUUCGUCAGCUACGUCAUAUGGUGCAGGAAAUGGCAGCUGCAAUGCGCGUUAAUGGCCUCAAAGCUGGUGAUAGAGUAGCAGCUGUUGUAACGAAUUCAAUUACUGCUGUCGUGCUUGUGCUUGCUACAGCCAGUAUAGGUGGCAUUUUUUCCAGCACUGCAACUGACAUGGGCACACAGGGUAUUUUAGAUAGAUACAGACAGAUUAAACCCAAGUUCGUCUUUAUAGAGACAGAAAUUGUAUACGCUGGGAAAACAAUCCCGCUCGUACAAAAGGCAUCCGAAGUCGCAAGGGAUCUUCGUAGCUAUGGCCUUGAACGAUUAAUCUUGCUACCAAGUUCGAAGACCGGAAAGCAGCUUCCCGAGGCUCUAGCAAUCCCUAAUAGCAUCACCCUCGCAAAUUUCCUUGCCACUGGCGAUGGCCGGGACCUCACAUUCGAGCAGCUUUCAUUCAGCCACCCACUGUACAUCCUAUACUCGUCUGGCACUAGUGGUCCUCCCAAAUGUAUUGUGCACUCUGGCGGAGGAGCCCUGAUGAUUAGCAAGAAAGACCUUUACGUUGGUUUUGGUGUUGGCCCCUCUGAGACCUACUUCCAGUACACUACGACGGGAUGGAUGAUGUGGCCCUUUAUGCUCUCUGGGCUGGCGUGCGGUGCUCGCAUUAUCCUAUACGAAGGCUCGCCAUUCUACCCCGACUUGAAAAGCUACCUCAAGUUCAUCAACGAUCAGGGCGUAACAUGUUUUGGAACAAGUCCGCGCUUUUUGGCAGAAGUCCAAGCAAAGGUGAAGAAUGUGGAACCAUUCUUGUCUAUGCGUCAGAUGACAGUUACAGGGGCUGUCCUGACCGCCCCUCUCAUGGAAUGGACUCAAAAUGCUUUUGGAAAGCACCUCAUGAUCUCUUCCUCUUCCGGAGGGACUGAUAUCAUGGGUGGAUGUAGGGAUAACUAUCUUUCAUUAACUGAGCUUCAAGGAAUAUCUCUCGGUUUGGCAGUGGAAAUAUUUGAUCCUGCUGGAAAGAAUAUCGAGGAUACCGGUGAACCAGGGGAGCUCGUCUGCACCCGGCCUCACCCAUCGAUACCGGUCUGUUUCUGGGGCGACGAGUCAGGAGAAAAGUUUCGCAAAGCCUACUAUGAUACCUACCCUGGUGUUUGGCGCCAAGGUGACUUCAUAGUCCGCAAUCCCAAGACGAAAGGAUUCCUUUUCCUUGGCCGCAGUGAUGGCGUGUUGAAUCCUAGUGGUGUGCGGUUCGGCUCGGGCGAGAUUUACACUGUACUUGAGAAAUUUACGGCAGAGCUCGACGAUGUACUUUGCGUUGGCCAGCGCCGCCCGCAGGACCUUGACGAACGCGUCCUUCUGUUCGUCAAAAUGCGUCCCGGCCACACUUUCACCCCCUCCCUCGUUGAACGCAUCAAGUCUUCGAUCAAGGCAGGUCUGAGCGCGCGCCACGUCCCAGCAUACGUGUUCGAGACUUCGGAUAUCCCGUACACGGUGAAUGGGAAGAGGAUCGAGAUCGCUGUUAAGCAGAUAGUGUCUGGAUCCAACCUCAAGCCCAGCGGCACGGUCGCCAAUCCAGAAUCCCUCGAACUCUAUUACAAGUACCGCGAUAUCGAGAGCCUCGUUGGCGCAAACGCGAAGGCGAAGCUGUGA